AUGGAUUAUCAUAUCGACGCAAAGUUGAGACAGAUGCCCAGCAAAGUUACGUGGAAUAGUAGCUUUGACAGUUUCACUGUGGUGUUAGAGCUGCUUGAUGAUCAGUAUGCUGAUAUGCUUCAGUCCUUCCUGUGGCCCUUAUACUCGUUGAGAGAUCUUUCAAUUGACGGCGAUGCCCUCUACUUCACAAUCGGGGGCAAAGUUGCCAGUUUUUCGAUAUUCGAGUUUUCCCUGAUCACGGGAUUAAAGAUUACGGGCGAUGACGCAACUGGUGACAGGACUCAGAGAAGAAAUAGACUGCAUGACACUUACUUUCAGGGACAGGGGAGUGUGCUUCUACCACAACUGAUCGAUGCAAUUAAGAGGUGUGACCAGAUGUUAGACAGAUUGAAGUUAGGUAUGGUCUACAUCGUUGAGAGUGUGUUACGGUGUCACCACAAGAAGACUGCGAUCGACCCCUUCUAUCUGGAGAUUGUUGAUGAUAUUGAUCGUUUUAACGACUAUCCGUGGGGCCGGAGAUACUUUGAGGAUACCGUACACGUUUUCACCCGAUCGCACUCGAAGCCCAAGGGGGUCAUGCGCAAGUACGACACUUAUAGAUUUCCCCUGGCGAUGCAGAUUUGGGUGUACGAGACCGUCCCUCUAUUGGAUACUCGCUUUGCGAGGUGA